ACCUAUCCGCUUUGAUUCGCAUCAUUCGCUUGUUUUCUCGUAAUGGUGGAUUGUCGUUUGUUCUACACUACACACAGUAAUGUUAACGGUGAAAGAAAAGAACUUGAAUAUUUUUCGUGUUUAGUGAAAAUUAAUUAUACAUUAUAGUAUGUCGAUCAAGCAAAAUAUAAUAAUCACCGAAGCAGAAAAAGCAUAUCGCACAAAAUACUAUCAUUUUUUUCAAGUGGUGAGUAAGCGGCAAAUCUCUUGCUGUUCCUGUGGCAACGAACUAAGUCCAUCAUCGAAAUUUGUAUUUAGUCAUCCUAUUUUGGAAAUCCUACAAUGUAAUACGUGUUUGGAUAAAUUCAAGAAUACAAAUUUUAAAUCCAGUAAAAGCAAAUGUCUCAUUUGCUGUAGCAGUAGUACAUACAAUUGUAGCAGUAAAUCCUGUCCGCACGAGUUUUGUCGGAAAUGCAUUAAGAGAAACGUAAAUAAAUGCAUUCAAGAGGCUGAGAAGGACAACUGGAAAUGUUUUGUAUGUAACGUGAAGCCAUUUUGGGAAUUAAGAGGAAUUUGUGCUGCUAUUAUGGCUUUACCAAACAAAAGACAAUCAUUGCGGAAUAAGGAGAAAAUAAAUUCUCCCUAUCAACAAAGAAAAAUGCGAAAAUCAGAGAGAACUGUUAAGAGAUUAACAAAAAUUUGUGACGUCUCAAGUGGCGAUAGUUCUGAUGAAGAUGUAAAUAAAGUUCGUCCACUAUUUCAACCAAAUAGACGUAAACUUUAUUCCUCAAUUAAGGAGAACAUUGAAAUUAUUCAGGAAAAUAUUUCCAGUGACGACGACGAUGAUGAUAAUGAUGAUGAUGAAGGAAAGAAAGAUCGAAAGAAAGCAACAUCGAAAUUUCAUAAAAAUUUCUCAAUCUAUUUUACAAAUUUAAGAAAAUCACUCGCUAAAAUUUCUACCGCUAUCGAUGCAUGUGAGGAGCAAUGUCGUAAUAAAAUUUUUACAUCAAAAAACGAUGCACUCGAAAUAACGAAAAGUUUCGAGAGCGUUCUCAUGGAAACCGAAACCCUAUCGAUCGAAAAUUCGAAGGAAAUCAAUAAAACCUAUCAAUCGUGGUCUAGAAAUUAUAGUUCAUACUUUAGAGAAAAGAAUGGUUACAAGAAACGAAAGAAGAAAAAAAAUAGUUCAACAAAUGAUGAAGACGAGGAGAAAAAUGGCACCGAAGAGGAACCAAUCGAAAAGAAGAGAAUUCUAAAAGUAACAAACAAUGAAGUUCCAUCUGAUUGCGAUUCCGAUGAAAUAUUUUCCGCUAACGAUAAAACAAAUUCAUUAGAUAAAUCUGACGAUUCCACGAGGAGGCAGAACGAAAAUUCUCAUGGGGAGAAGAGGAAAAAAUUAACCUCCGAAGAGGAAGACAGUCAGAAAACAAUAAUAAGAUCUAGACAUAAUUCUUCUUUGGAAGAUUGUUCCAAUGAUAAGGAAACGGAUAAAUCGAGAAAGGAUUCAAGAAAGGAUUCGAGAAAGGAUUCGAGAAAGACAUCCGAUUUAGAAAAUUUACAUUCCACUGGUAGAUUAACAAACGAUUCUGAUGAUGAUAGAGUAUCGACAGAAAUUGAGAGAGAAGAAAAUACCGAAGAGAAGGCGAAGAAAAAAUUACUCGAAUCAAGUAGUUCGGAGGAAAUUAAAAAACGAACCUCGAGUGAUGAUUCGCCAACUGACGACGAAAGCGCUUCCAAAACAAAGAAAAAGAAACUUAAGGAAAAAAUUUCCGAGAGUUCCGAGAGUGAAAGGAGGGAAAAACGAACUGAAGAGCAAAAGGAGAAAUUACUAACUAGUGAUUCUGAUUCUGGAAACAAAUCCUCAGAUUCGAAGAAAGAAAAAAGUGAGUCAAUGAAAAAGAGGAAAAAAUCGGAGGAGAAAGCAAAGAAGAAGUUGCUACAAACAAGUAGUCCGAGUGAGGACUCGGAUUCGGGAAAAACAGCCGAUUCGAUGGCAAAUGAAUCAGAGGUGGAGAAAACAAGUGAAGAAAGAGAUAAAACUUCCAGAAGGGACAAAAAAUCGGAAGAGAACGCAAAGAAGAAGUUACUUCAAUCAACCGAUGAUUCAGAGUCUGAAAAGGAGAAAAAAUCCACGGAAUCGAAGAAAAAAUUGCUGCAAACUAGUGACGAGACGGACUCCGAAAGAAAGAAGGAAAAUUCUGAGGAGAACGCAAAGAGAAAAUUACUCGAGAGCAGCGAUGAUUCCGAUUUGGAAAAGGAGACAAAAAAAGAAUCAAGACCCGAAAUAAUUGAAGAAACCCCCGAAGAGAAGGCGAAGAAAAAAUUACUCCAGACUAGCGAUGAUUCCGAUUCGGAAAAAGAAAAAAAAUCGAAAAGUAUUGAAAGCACCGAAGAGAAGGCGAAGAAAAAGUUACUCGAAACGAGCGAUGAUUCCGAAAAGGAGGCGAAAGGAAACUCGAGAGCGGAAAGAAUUGAUGAAACACUCUCUAAUGACGAUCAGAGUUCGGAGGAAAUCGCGAAGAGAAAAUUACUUCAGUCAAGUGACGAUUCCCAAUCGGAGGCAACUCAGAACCAAAAUUCAAAAGAAGAAGAAGAAAGUGAAGAAAGAGAUGAAAGAGAAGAAAGAGAUGAAAGAAAAGAAAGAUCUACUACCGAAAAAGAAAAGAAAAAACCCAACGAUAAUGAUAAAUCGAAAAAAGAAUUAGAAGCAAAAAGAAAAUUACUCGAAUCAAGUGAUUCGUUGUCAGAGAAAGAAAUCACACCGAAGAAAAAUUCCACUGAAGAAAAUACGGAAGCAUCGGCAAAACGAAAAUUACUCGAGUCCAGUGACGAAUCAUUUAACGAAAGAAGAAAUUCGAAGGAAAUGGAAAAAAAUUCUGAGGAAGAGGCAAAGAAAAAAUUAUUAAUAUCAAAUAGUGAUUUAUCGUCUGUCGAUGAUUCGAAAAAAAAGGGAAAAAAAAGAAAUUCAUCAUUAUCGUCGUUUUCUUCUUCUUCUUCAUUGUCAUUGGAUGAGAAAAGUCAGGAUUUAUUUACAUCAUUCGAUGUUGAGAAUUUAAAGAGAAAGAGAAAUAAUUCUGAUGAUGAUGAUAAUGAUGAUGAUAAUAAUUCUGAAACAUGUCGUCAGAGACGUAAGAAAAAAUUUAAAAUUACCAAAAAUCAAUUUUACAGAGCCGAUGAGAAACUACGUAAGGCGUGUCGUGUUGAAUUAGAAAGAUUGGGUAGGAAUGUUCUUAGAAAUCAUGCGAGAGCACUGAAAAAAUCGAGACAACAUCUGGAGCGAGAGAAGCAUAAAAGUCUUUUAUCAAUGGAUAAUUUGGAGAAAGUACGAAAACGCAAUAAGUUUGUUUCAUCGUCGGACGAUGAUAACGAUGGUUCUGAAUCCAAAGUAAAUCAACGAAAUCGAAAGAAAGUCAACGAGAAGGAUGACACAUUAAUGGAUCAUUUGAAUAAAGUGGAAAAUGGUGAAGUUGAUGAUAAACAGGAGCUAAUGAAAACUUCUGACGAUGAAUCCGCAAAUGAGUUGCCAAAAAAAAUUGUCACAAAAAAAGAUCUUUUCAAUGCUGCUGAACAGAAUGCUAAAGAUUUAUUACUCGCCAGUUCUGGAUCAGAUGUUGAAAUGGCACCUGAAAUUUUCGAUGAGACUGAAAAUGCGAUAGAGGAGAAUAAAGGCAAGAAAAAUAAAGAAAAAGCGCCUAAAGAAUCGAAGAAGAAAGAAAAAGUAGAGGAAGUAAAAACUGAGGAAGACAAAUCAGAGAAAAAUAACAGCGAUGAUUCCUCAACUGACGAAAAGGAAUCUAAGAAGCAAACGGCAAAGGACAAAUACAAAAAUGAUAAAUUACUUAGCACAAAAAUUUCAGAUUCAGAUUCUGAAGUUGAGAAAGCAAAGUUCGAUAAGCGAAAAAAGAAAUUGGAAGAGAAAGAGAAAGAGAAGAAGAAAAAGAAGGACGAUUCCAGUUCAAAUGAAGAGGAUUCGCAAAUUAAAAAAAAGAAAAAGCGUGUCAAGAGAAAAAUAUUAGAUUCAGAUUCGGAUAUUGAAAUUCUCAGUGACUCGGAGGAAAGUUCAAGUUCUUCAAAAGCCUCGAAAUCGAAGGAAGAUACGAAAAAAUCACGUAAACGAGGAAAACAAAAAUCUACAGACUCUGAUGAUUCAAUUGAAGAGAAAAAACCGAAAACUAAAAGAAAACGAAUAAAACCAGUUAGCGAUAGUGAUAGCGAUAGCGAGGCUGUCACUAAUUCACAGAGUUCACCAAUUAAGGGUGGCAGAAAAAAUAUACGAAAAGUUCUCAAAGACAAACAAGUCGCCGAUGACACAAAACAAGCGGCUAAAGAAGAAGAGGAACGUCUCAAGAGAAUCGCAGAAAGACAAAAAGUGUACAAUGAAAUGUACGAGAUUCGAUUGGCGGGAGAGGAAAAAGUUGAUAAAUUGGUAUUAGAUUUUGAUGAGGAGACGAAGAAGGAAUUAAUCUCGGUUGAUCCUGGAUUAGUGAAGCGUUUAAAACCCCAUCAGGCAAAGGGAAUAAAAUUCAUGUGGGACGCCUGUUUCGAGUCUGUGAGUCGAAUUAAUUCGUCCAAGGGCUCGGGAUGUAUUAUUGCCCAUUGUAUGGGCUUAGGAAAAACUUUUCAAGUCGUCACAUUGGUUCACACUCUUCUCAGCCAUAAGGAGACUGGUGUUAAUAAUGUAAUGAUUGUCUGUCCGCUGAGUACAGCUCUCAAUUGGGCCGGCGAAUUUGAAAUGUGGCUCAAGGAUCUCAAAAAUUAUGACGACAUUGAUGUCAUCGAACUCGGAAGAUUUAAGCAGAAUUUCGAGAGGAAAUAUCAGCUUGAAUAUUGGAAGAAAAAUGGCGGAGUAUUAAUAAUUGGCUAUGACAUGUUUCGUACGUUGACGGCAACUGGUAAAAGACUGAAAAAAUCAAUGCAAACAUCGUUCUUGCAAUGUUUAGUUGAUCCAGGACCAGAUGUUAUUGUCUGUGAUGAAGGUCAUUUAUUGAAAAAUGAAGAUACAGCAUUGAGCAAGGCAAUGCGAAGAGUUAAAACACUUAGAAGAGUAGUUCUCACUGGAACUCCACUGCAGAACAAUUUAGUAGAAUAUCAUUGUAUGGUUCAAUUCGUGAAACCAAAUCUUCUUGGAACGAAGAAGGAAUUUUCAAAUCGAUUCGUUAAUCCGAUUAAAAAUGGAUCGACUGCUGAUUCAACGCCGUACGAUGUGAAAUUAAUGAAGAAACGCGCGUUUAUUCUUCAUAAUUUAUUGGAGGGCAGCGUUCAACGUUUCGAUUAUUCUGUACUCACGCCUUUCCUGCCACCAAAACAGGAAUACGUCAUUUCUGUGAAAUUGUCACCACUACAAGUUGAACUUUAUCAGUAUUAUCUCGACAAUUUUACAAGAGGAGGAUCAGCUAGAGGACCGAAACUUUUUGCUGAUUAUCACGCAUUGCAAAGAAUCUGCACUCAUCCAAUUGUUAUGAGAAUGAAUGCGGAGAAAAUGGAAAAGAAAAGACUUGAAGAAGAGUCUGACUCGGAGGGUUCGCUGAAAGAUUUUAUCGACGACGGAAGUGAUACAUCGGGAAGCUCUUCUAAUAGCGACAAUGAUGGAAGUGAUGUUCAGUGUGUUGAUUCUGACAAGGAAGUACCAGCUCCCCGUCGAGGAACACGAGCCAAUCCCGUUGAAAAUGCAGGAGCGGAGGCAGAACCAGAGACUAUAGAGCCAAGAGAAUGGUGGUCGGAAAUGAUAAAACCUGAACAUUUCGACGAUAUGCGAGUUUCUGCUAAAUUAGUUCUUCUCUUUGGAAUUUUGAAGGAGAGCGAAAAACUCGGCGACAAAGUACUCGUUUUUUCACAAUCACUUUAUUCUCUAACACUCAUUGAGGAUUUUCUUUCUCGAAUUGACGACGCCGCACAAAAUAACACCGAAUCGGAGAAUAUUGAGAAUCACAGUGGAAGCUGGAGUUUGGGAUUAGAUUAUUUCCGACUCGAUGGUCAAACCUCAGCGGAUAAUCGAGCGCUUUGGUGUAAAAUCUUUAAUCGCGAAACAAACACAAGAGCCAGAUUAUUUCUCAUAUCGACGAGAGCCGGAGGUUUGGGAAUUAAUUUAACCGCUGCAAAUCGUGUGAUAAUUUUCGAUGCCAGCUGGAAUCCCUCUCAUGAUGUGCAGAGUAUUUUCAGAAUAUAUCGUUUCGGUCAGAAGAAGCCGUGUUACAUUUAUCGUUUCCUGUCGAAGGGAACAAUGGAAGAGAAGAUUUACAAUCGACAAGUAUCGAAAUUGUCGCUCGCGUGUCGUGUCAUUGACGAGCAACAAAUUGAACGACAUUUCAAUAGCAGCGAUCUCGACGAAAUGUACACAUUUAAUCCAAAUCCACCGAAAGAUUCGCAGACUCUCAGUUUACCGAAAGAUCGAUUACUAGCGGAACUUUUCCUUAAGUACAAGGAUUUGGUUCACAAUUAUCACGAACACGAUUCGCUUUUAGAAAAUCAGUUGGAUGAAGUAUUAGACGAGGAAGAGCGAAAGUUAGCGUGGCAGGAGUACGAAGAAGAAAAGAAGGGAAGACCUGUGAUGCAGUUCAAUAAUGUAAAUCCAUUUGGAUUAAAUCCAAUGAAUGUAAAUAUGUUCCCUAAUCAGGGAAAUAUAGUUUCUGAAGUUGAACGUAUGGUUCCCUUGUUGAGAAAAGACUAUCCUACCCGGACUGACGAUGAAUUGCGAAUAUUGGCGCAAAGUACUGUUCUAAACAUGUAUAGUAGUAUAAUGGAACGACAAGCAAUGCAGAGGACUCAUCAAAAUCAGUUUGUUCAACAGCCUUACGCAAUGAAUUCGUAUAUUCAACAACAACAGUAUCAAUAUCAACAGCAGCAACAACUUUUGCGAAUGCAAAGACAGCAACAGCAGCAGCAGCAACAACAACAACAGAAUCCAUUUACGAAGAUGUCACCUGCUGGCAGACCUCCAGGUAGACCGCCCGGCAGACCUGUUGUAGUUGAUAUUACGUCUCCAAAUGGAAAGGAAGAAUAAGUUUAUUGUUCAAUCGUAUUUUGUCAAGUGAUAUUGUUUUUUUUUUUUAUUUUCGUUUUUCAUCUCUUAAUUUAAAGAAAAGAAUUUUAUUUAUUUCUGGUAUUUAGUAACUACAAUCUCUCCAUGUUUAUGUAUAGUCUUUAAGUGUAGAGAAAAAAAAUGGAGAUAUACUUGUUAUUACGGACAAGAUUCCUUUUAUUAUAAUAGAAAAAUUUUCAAUACAUAACAUUUUCAUGGUAAUAGGAAAUUUUUAUUUAAGUUCAUUUUUAGUAUUUCAAUGAUUUUCAAUUCAAGUGAAAGAAGAAAUCUCUAGAGAAAAUAAAAAGUUUUGACAAAAAUUUGAUAGAAAAAAUUUAAAUAUUCAUUUAUAAGAUUUUUCUUUAUAUAAAUGGUUUUGUUUUCUUGAAUUUAAAUCAUUUUAAUACUAAAAAAAAUAUAGUGAAAUCUCAUUUUUUUUUUUUUUUGAUAAAUUUUAUAAAAAAAAUGUAUCGUAUAAAAAUCGAUGGACCUUUUUCUGAAAAAAAGGGGGAAAAUAUAAACUAUCUCUCGUCGUACUUAAUAAAAAAAAAAGUAAACUUCUUUCUUUGUGAUAAUGACAUUUAAAUAACUAUAAAUGCUAUUAUUAAUUGAUAAGAAUCUAUGAGAAUAAAAAAUUAUUAAGGAA